AUGCCCAGACUGAACAGGACUCGAUAUCUAACAUGCUUCUAUUGUGGCCGCAAGACCUCGACCCCAUGGAACAGCUCCAUCCGCAACUUCGAAUGCCGGAACUGCGACGCAACAAACUACCUUGAUGGCAACGGCGACAUCACUGAUCCUCCUGUAGCGACCGAGUACGAAGCAAGUCCUGCCAAGUUUGCCACGACGCGAGCAACUUCGCCCACCGUCGGUUCCUCGAGCGCCAGCGUCUUCUGCAACAAGUGUUUGGCUAACCAGGACAAGCUUCGAGCUGUUCUGGCCCAGUAUCUCCCGGAUCCCGACGAUUCUGAAUACGAAGAGCGAUGUAGGAACAUCUACAAGUUCCGACGGUUGCAAGAGCGCCUCUAUCCUCAAAUGUGCGCCGAAUGCGAACCGCGCGUCCAGAAGAAACUAGGCGAAGCAGCUUACACGGCAAAAACCGAUGUCUUACUCUGGAUGAUCGAGAGAAGCAACAAGCAGCGACAGCAAGUUACAGGAUGGAGUUGGCUGAACGUCUUCGACUCUUUGGGGAGGUGGCUACGGACUGCUAGCUUGGUGCUUCAACUCCUUUGGCACCUCUCCAUAAUGCUCAUGCUGUUCAAGGCGGCCAUCGUGACGCGGUUGGGUGAAACGCCGAACCCGUGGACUCUGAGAGCUGUGAAUACAUGCUUUUGGUUUUUCAACCUUCUGCCGUCAACCGACCGGCUAAGUGGUUGGAGUCUCACUACUGCGAUCCUAAGCGUCUGGUGGAAUCCACAGUAUCCUCAGCUACACCGAGGCUUUACAAAACACAUAACUGGGUUUCGAGCCUGGUACAUGUAUCAGGCCAUUCUAGUCUUUAUGCGAUUUUGGGUCAGGAGGUUACCCAUCUUAGCUGGCCCGGAGCAAGCAGAGCUGAAUAUGCCGGCAGCCGCGCAUGUUUUUUGGGCCGGCUUUGCAAUUCUUGUUCACCUCCUCGCUCCUCGUGCUAUCCGUAUUGACAUGGCGCCCCUAUUCGGGACCACCUCUAAACCAUCCGCACCACAAGGCGGAUCUGUAACACAACCGUCUACAUAUAGGCCGACAACGGCGAAUACGGCAGCAGCAGCUACGGGUCCGAGACGAUCAGGAAGAGCAGUGAAGCCAUCGGCCCAAUUACUUGCUGCGCGAUCUUCAUUCUCAUCAUCACUGCCACCGGCCCCAGCUCCAGCGCCAGCUCCGGCUCCGGUUGCGGCUCCGGCCCCGACACCGGACGAAAAACCAGACGAAAUCAAGGUCAUGGUUGACUUGCUGGACGAGAUAGUCAAUGGCCCAUCUAGCCCAGCAUCUCCAACACCAUCAAUAGACCAUUCACCAUUCUUCGUGCCACGGGUAGGAAGGUCUAAUGUUCCGACCACUCCAGGGUCUCAAUUCUCCCCAACACCAUGCCGCUUUGGUACUGGUGCUAGCACUGGCACUGGCCCUUCCUUCUCGUCUCUUGGUCCAGCUGCCAACACAAGGUCAGCAACGGCUGCUUACACGCAGGAAAUGGACUGGACGCCUACUCAGUCACAGUACCGCGCCUUCCAAACCGUCGGCCAGCGAGAAAACCAAGGCUUUAACGAGGCUCCUACCGAUGAGAACAAGGGACCUUUCUGGUAUCGUGUACCACCAGCGCCAACAGCGCCCGCUCAGAGGUUAAAUAACUACCUCACAAAACAACCACGCAUCAUCGCCCCCCGCCACACGGCACCUCGGCCAGGCACAGGGAUACCAUCCUUCGGAAGUACUGCGCUUGUCAACACUCCGCAGAAACAGAUUCUCGGGAGGAUCAAUAACAACGACCACAUGACCAUGACUAUGAGGAGAGAUGCUGGAGAGGAUACGGGAAUCGAUCCCACCCCGGCACGGGUUGCUUUUGCGCCGCCCAAGUUCUUUGUGCCUCCGCCGCAGAACGAUCCCAGGAACUCGCUCUCCGAAAUGCUAGGUCGCAGCUUUAGCCUGAGUCAGGAGGAGGAGGAGGAGCAACGCGAGGCGGAGAGGGAGGAGGCUGAGAAGAAGAGUAGAGGCUGGUUAGGCGGUGGGUUGCUUACUUUUAGGUCGACGCCGGCGAAAAAGGACCAGUGAAGCUGGGAUUUGGGUUGAGAUUAUUGAAAUGAAUAAUUGUUGAGCAUUAUCUGGUUGGUCCUGCAUUGUGGAGUUGGGUUUCUUGUUAGGCAAUGGAUGUUCUUUUGCAUUUUAAGGAACAUGGGAGUCUUUUGCAUAACAAUGGGCGUUUUGUACAUGUGCAUAGAUACCAGCGGUGUCAUGGCCGUAUAUGAGGUGUGAAGUACGGGCUCGAUACAGAUAAACACCAACAUAAUGGAUUCAAG